UGGGUGUAGUACAGUGUAGUACGUUCGCGUCUCGGCCCGUUCGGGCUCGGGGCCGUCAAGCGUCAAGUUCCUCCCAUACUCUGAUUUUCCUCACGCGAUAACUAGUCACGCACACGCAUGCAUACAUGCGUGCGUGUCUCUGAUUUAUUUCGCUCGCGGUAGCGACACAUCGCGGCUGUAAAGCUUUUCGCCUAAGCAUAUGUAAAUUGCUCGACGCGCAAUUUGACAACUUGAGCGAAAGAAAAAAGAGGAUGCAGUAGCCCAACAGCUGCAGACUCACAAUAUUAAAAGCGUGGUACUUUGUCCCUGGAGGAACGGCAAUCCAAAGGACAAAGAAGAAGAAGACAGCUUGAUCACGCCGGCGAUCUGUGGGCCUCCUCAAUGAUAACGCGACCGCGAUAUAAAAAACAUCUGUGAAGACAAAUAACUUUAAAGAUUGCUUCUUUUGAACAUAUUAUAUUUAUUGCCAGUAAAAUAAAAUGGAUAUUACCUUGAACGACAAACUCUCUGUGCUGCAGCAAAUCAGUCAGAAGAAGCUUGUGAUGAUCCUAAAUACCAUCCCAGGAUCAAAAGAUUUAAUAAUAGAACAGAAACUGAUGAAAAUAUUGGAUAGUUUCAUAGGAGUGACAGUAUUGAAGCGAUAUGGAGUUGAUAAGAUCUAUAAAAUGGAAGAAGGACUAAAACCGUCAAAUACUCAACGUGUAUUUCUAGUUACUAAUAGCCUGAUCGCAUGCAAGAGAGUCUUGGAUCAAGUGCAAUCCGAAAUAUCCCUCACUGGCAAACCUCACGUAGAGGUGUGCCAUCAUUUGUUGGUCACGCCAUUUGUGCCGCCUGUGCUACACAAUCUAGUCGAAGAGGAAGGUUUGUCCGAGCUGAUAACAUUACAGACGUUAUCCAUAGAAUUCAUAAGAUUAGAUGGGAACGUUUUAUCUUUGGAAACUCCGAUGUUCGUCGACCUCUACUAUCACAAGGAUACCAGUCUUCUGCGAGGGUUGGCGCGCAACUUGUGGUCGCUCCAGCUAAUACUCGGUUCGCCGAGACUCUCACUCUUUCUGGGCAAGCACAGUCAGCAGCUGAGCAAGCUGAUGGACUGCAUGGAGCAGAGUCUGGGUUCGUCCAGUCUAAAAAACGAGAUUGGUGCCUUAAUCGUGAUGGACAGAAGCUUCGAUUUGGCCACGACUCUCCUAACGCCCGUCACAUACGCGGGCCUAUUGAACGAAAUCGUAGACGUAAAUGUCGGCACGGCGACGUUGGAAAAAUCGCAAACCAAAUUGGAUCCGAAUAAGGAUCAGCUCUACGGAGAAGUGAGAGACGUGCCUUGCAGCGACGCUUUCCCAAUUUUACACGGGAAGGCCAAGUCACUUAAAUCUGAACAGGAGGCAAUACAGACAAUGAAGCUAGCCGAGAUGGAGCAAUACGUGUCGACGAGAUUACAAAGGACCAGAGAUAUGACUCGGCAAUUGGCGUUUCACAUAUCCGCGUGCCAAACUAUCGCGGAUACGUUGGGUUCAGAAUUUCAAGUUUUGCAGACGAUCGAGAAACUGACGCUAGACUGCAGGGACCGAAAAGAAUGUUUAAGCUACAUCGAGAGAAAUAUAGACGAACAUGCGUUACGAUGCUUGCGUCUCCUGUGCCUGUUGUCUAUUACUACCGACGGUAUCACGCAGAGCGAGCUUCAAAAUAUUCAAAAGCUGCAUCUCCACUCCCACGGUUAUCAACAUAUCCCAUUGUUUUACAAGCUGCGCACAGCUGGCUUGCUAAAGUAUAGGAACGAAUACAUUUUACAUAAACUGCCGAACUGGAGCAGUGAAUGGAGCAGUAACGCGCAAAAAUUGAAGCUUUUACCGAGUUAUUCUAAGCGGUCCGAUCAAAGUGGUCGUACCUGUCCCAGUUACGUGUUCAACAAUGCUUAUAUACCAGCAAUAGCACAGAUACUAAACAUCGUAUUGAAUCAAGAGAAAGACACUCGUAGUUUUGAAGAUCUGAUAAAUUUAUCGGGUUGCAUCGUAAAUGGUCAGCGGGGUGCACUAUUGCCAAAAAUGGUCGUGAUCUGCGUGAUAGGAGGCAUCACAUGCGCAGAAAUAGCGGCUUGCCGACUCAUAGAGAAGUCCACAGGGAUACGUCUCGUUCUCACAUCUGACACCAUUGUAACGGGUAACAAACUCAUUCAAAGGAUACAAAAGAUAUGAAGACUCGUAGCAUUCAUCAGGAAUAUAAAAAUGUUAUCUCUUUGUAUAAUAAACAGAUUAUUUUAUAUAAA